AUGUUAAAUAUUCGUUGCUCUAAUUUUGUUAAAAGGACAGUUUCUUCUGUUACCACUUUAUUUGGACAAACAACAAAAAUGCCUUUAUUAGUGGAGAAAUAUAAUUGUUAUUUGCCUACUCAAUCUGUUAAUUAUUGGAGUUUGAGACGUUUUGAGGUUCUUCCACUACGUCAUUUUUCUGCUCAAUCAGAGCAACAAACAAUUUUUGAUGUUGACUCUGACGAUGGUUUUGACGAGCUCAUACUUAACUCAGAAAAGCCAGUGAUUGCCUGUUUUCACGCCGAUUGGUGUGGCCCUUGCCAAAGCUUUGCACCCAGACUUGAAGCAAAAGUAACUGGACAGGGAGGCAAGAUUUUAUUAGCAAAAAUCAACGUGGAGGGAGGGGCAAGUUCCCUAGCCGAACAGUUUGAAGUUACUUCAAUCCCAACAAUUGUGUGCUUUAAAAAUGGGGAAUUUUUUGAUAGAAUUGAGGGGGCUGUUGAAGAUGUUGAUUUGGAUGACCUUUUGGAAGAUUUGUUAAUGUCUGGGGAAGAAGGGGAGGAGGAGGGAGAUGGAGGAGGAGAAAGUGUUAGGGAAUAA